CACCAAGGCCGUAGUACCGUGAUCCGCGCGUGGAGACCAUGGCGUUCCUGUGCAGUAUGUGACGGGGUAACGGGAAAUAUAACUCCGACAGCGGGUUAUUGUCACAUAAUUCUGAGGAAAGGAUUGGAUUUGAAUAAAGGAUACAAUGGGCUCUCGUAUCAAGGAGAGCCCCGGCUCAACCUUUGAGGUGUACAUGGAGGUGGUGCAUUCUGGGACGGCUGGCUCUGGACCAGAGGUGCGAAGGAGUUUCCCCGACACAUACGCUGACCAGGAAACGCUACAGACUAUCCCAAAGUUUUGUUUCCCCUUCAAUAUGGACAGUAUGUCAGUGGGCCACGUGGGGCAGAACUUCACCUUUGUUCUAACGGAUAUCGAGAGUAAACAGCGCUUUGGUUUCUGUCGCCUCUCAUCGGGAGCUCACAGCUGUCACUGCAUCCUCAGCUACCUGCCCUGGUUUGAGGUGUUUUACAAGCUGUUGAAUAUCCUGGCAGACUAUUCAACCAAAGGACAGGACAGUCAAUGGAGAGAAUUGUUAGAGUCUCUACAUGUGUUAAGCAUCCCUGUUCCUGGAGUGCCUGUGCAUUUGAGUGUGCAUUUGUUUUUCACAGUGCCUGAUCCUAGGGAAUUACCCAGUAUACCUGAAAAUAGAAAUCUGACCGAGUAUUUCGUAGCAGUGGAUGUGAAUAACAUGCUGCAUCUGUACGCUAGCAUGCUGUACGAAAGACGAAUCCUUAUUAGCUGCAGCAAGCUGAGUACUUUAACCGCAUGUGUUCAUGGUGCAGCAGCCAUGUUAUAUCCCAUGUUCUGGCAGCAUGUUUACAUUCCAGUCCUGCCACAGCAUUUAAUAGACUACUGCUGCGCUCCAAUGCCAUACCUCAUCGGCGUGCACUCCAGUCUCAUGGAGAAGGUGCGAGGUAUGGCUUUAGAUGAUGUGGUACUUCUCAAUGUAGACACAAACACUCUUGAAACGCCGUUUGAUGACCUGCAAAACCUUCCUAAUGAUGUGGUGUCUUCGUUAAAGAACCGCCUAAGGAAAGUUUCCUCAACGACAGGAGACGGGGUGGCCAGGGCGUUUCUGAAGGCGCAGGCAGCUCUGUUCGGUAGUUACAGGAACGCGCUACACAUUGAACCGGAGGAGCCAAUCACGUUCAGUGAGGAAACGUUCAUCACACACAGAUCCAGCACAAUGAGACAGUUUCUCCAGAACGCUAUCCAACUACAGUUCUUUAAACAGUUUAUAGACGGCCGUCUGGAGCUAUUGAACUCUGGUGAAGGGUUCAGCGAUCAGUUUGAGGAGGAGAUCAACAUUGGAGAGUAUGCUGGCAGUGAUAAGACAUAUCAGUGGCUUUUCACAGUGAAGAAGGGCAGUGGGGCCAUCUUAAACACGGUGAAGACAAAGGCAAAUCCUGCAAUGAAGACAGUUUACAAAUUUGCCAAAGACCAUGCCAAGAUGGGCAUCAAAGAAGUCAAGAGUAGACUCAAACAAAAGGAGCUUGCAGAGAAUGGCUACUCAGAAGAGCCUGGCUCCACCAACUUACCCUCCACACACAGCAAAGACUCCCUCACCUGGGACCAGAGACGUCCAAUCACAGUUCAUUUUGGACAGACUGAUCAGGCACGGCCCCCGCGGCCACAACGCCCCCCUCCCCCCCAUCCCUCCAAACUGCAGCGCAGCACACAACCAGCUCGACCUCCUCGUCCUCUGGUGGCAAAGAGACCACGCAGUAACAUUGGGGUAGAGGGAAGCCCUGAACAUUAUGUGCGUCCAACUCGUCACUAUACAGUGUUUCUGUGUGAGGACUCUUCGGGUGACGAGCUGUCUCAGGAUGACGACUCCAUUGCUGCUAUUCCUGAACACUUCGUGCUUUCUGCUCCUUUUGAAUGGCCCCAGCCAUACAGGUCUCUAAAAGAGGCGGAGCUUGUGGAAGAAGGUGAGGAGAUUGGGGAGCGCUUCCAAGGUAACACUGCUCCGUCCAGCCCUGUGCUACACAAGUUCUCUGACCUGAGCCUGUUGCAGGAUGCCUUCCGUAGUCAGCAGGGGGAACCAGAAUGUACAGAAACUACAAAUAACACAAAACCAUCUCUCAGCACACACACUACAAUCAGUUCUGCACGGAGUUUGGAGGAGCUUCGGGCAGACCCACAACAUGCCAACUUCAACUACCAGCGGAUGGAUCUUAGUUCUGGCGAGCGCACACGCACUCUCCCAGGUCUUAAAACCACCAAUCCGUACAACAAGCUCUGGAGCCAACUGGAGGACCCAUCUACGUUGCUUGGCCGAGAGUCACUAUCCUGGGAGAGACCUCUCUCCGUGCCACCCUUGGAACCCCCUGAGGCACGCCCACCCAGCAGAGACAGUUCAAAUCCCAGUGGAGAGAAGACCGAGGGGGCUUGUAUCACAAUCCCUCGUCCCCAAGGUCGGAAAACACCCGAACCGGGUGCAGUGCUGGCACCAGCUGUGACCCUGCUGCGCGGGGUCAAGCAGGUCUGCGAGAAGGAGGGAGGGGGGUCCACUGGAGGGCAGGAGUUUCGGCAAGCGCUGAACAUGUCUCCCCACUCCCAAGCCCAAACUCAGGCAGACUUGUUGAAGCCAAACGAGGAACAGGGACUGGAUUUGCUCAGCUUGUUGGACCCUCUAUGCGGAACAAUGAAGAACGAGGCUGCCCCAUCCCUCUCUAAACCCCCUAUACCUCCUCGACCCAACCCCCCAAACCUGCCCGCGUUCCCCCCUCCAGUGUCACUGAACCCCUUCACCCAACAGUCCCAGUACCCGCCACAAAGGCACUAUAGUCCUGUUGCCCCAGGUAACCCUUUCACCCCAGCCUACAUGCCUUCCCCAGGUGCCAACUACUUCCCCACCUCUGCUCGCCCGUUCUCAGUAUAUGGUCAGGCGUCUGCUGUGGUUGUGACCCCAACAGGAGGGGCGUGGUCAACUGGGCGCGUUCCUCCAUCCUCCAGCAGUAGUGGCUCUCUCUCAAGCCUCUUAGACUCGCCUGCUCCGGCUACUCUUGCCCAGCCUGCGCAAGUCUCCACAGACCCGUUUAGUGACCUUCUUACCAUGGCAACCACACCAACAGUAAUGGCCACGCCCCCCCCAAAAAAGGUGGAGGACUUACGGAGAAGGUGGGAAACUUUCGACUAGCUCUGCCCACAUAUUUCCUCUACUGCUGCUACCAACCAGUGAAGGACUGCAAAUUUAGAGCCAGUGGGUAUUUAAGACUGCGCCUCCUAGUGGCCUGAAAGCACUGUUGACAUUUUCCUCCAGAGUGUGUUGUGCUUUUUUCGCGCCUAGCUCACUCACUUAGCCUUAUGCACACUGAUGCUAAUGCUGUAUUUCCCAUAACAACUGGAUAAACCGUGUUGCUCCAAUAGCACCAAUUUUAACACUGAAAAACAUAUUAGCAGAAUAACACUGUAUUUUCUGUAGCUAGCAGUGUAGUUCCCAUAGGGAUCAGACUACAAUAUUAAAGAUACCAUUACCAUACAAUAAUGACCCACAUCCUAACAUUAGCGAUUAUACUGACAUUGCUUUUAUGGCAGUAAACUGCAUCCUGUUAACAGUCAGUGCUGUUUUAAUAAAAAGCUUAAUUUUUAACCAUACACAUAUAUUGAUUUAAAUCAUCAUACCCUAACAUCCACAUUCUUGUUCAUACGUAUACAAACAAUUGUUAAAUUGACAUUUCUAACACACUUGAAUACAAAUAUUGUGUAUCCCUAGUAAAUUGUAUACUACACAUUCCACUCUACCUACUACAUGACACAAGAGCAUAUGACAUUCUGCACCCUAAAAUACACAUUGCAUACUACAUGUUGUGGCUGCGGUACCUGCUGUGUACUUCAUAUUUGCACUACAUUACAUACGUUAUACUACAGUGCAUACUGCACUACAUGUUGUGCCCUAGUACAAGCUAUAUACUACUCGCUGCAUAGAGCUCAGAACGGGUCAGAAUUAACAGCCCUGCAGAACACAACACUGCCCCUAGAGGUCAGUUAUUUUAGAGGUCAAAAAUGCAGGAUGCAUUUGAUGCAUUAGCUCUUGACCCAAAAAGUGUCAUUAAAUAAGGUAAACUGAUCAAGAGUGCGUUUUUUCAUUUUAUUAGAUUAAAUAUGUGGGAAACCCCUUACUGGUACAGGCUUUACCUCUUCCGCUUGCCUGCGUGUCAGUCCAAAAGUGUUAAAAUGGGUCUCCUGGAACUGGGUUCUGUUCAGUUUCAAAAUAGUUUAGUUUAGAUGCUAAUUGUCCACUUGCUUUGAUUUGAUGUCGAAGUUUGAAAUCUUCUUUUAUUCUGAGCAUCAUAUAAUAGACUUAUAGCUUUCAUAAAGCGACCAAUCAGACCUUUCUUUUUAGCACUACCCGUUCCAUCUAAUCUGCUACUGCCAUGCACUCUGCAUUAUGGGUAUUUAUUCGAAUGGAUCUGUUUUGCGCUUUUUAAACAUACAUACUGCUAUAAAGUGUGUUAAAAUGAAUCCUAACUCUAAAAGCUGUUUUUCUUGUCAUAGACUGUGCCUGUUUAUUGGGUUUAGUUUAGCACGAUACACAAUCUGUUUUGGAGGAGCAUUGUUUCAUGCCAUUUUUUGCUAUAUUUUUGUCUGAGACUUGCAAGUAGGAGAACACUGUUUGUGCAGAUCUUGACAUGGAAAAGAAUUGUGUACAACCAAAUGCUCAAAUCCAAAAGAAACCUGUUAUUUUGUCCAUGUCAGGGAACAUCAGGGAGUGAAUUGGUGUCUCUUCUUCUCUGGUUUUAUUGUUGUAUUUAAAUAUAUGAAAUAAUGUUAUUUGUGUUAUUAAAGUGUUCUUGAACAUCUGUAUCCACCCUGUAGAGCUGUUAAAAAAAAUCACAUUUUCUGUUAGUUGAUCCGUUUGGACCACCUUUUCAUUUGGGCCUUAAAGAGUGAGUUUAAGUUGGUCCUUGCAAGUGUGUGUGUGUGUGUGUGUGUGUGUGUGUGUGUGUGGAAGUUCAGAGCUGUUUUGCUGAGGUUUGUUGUGUAUACCUAGUCUUACAGCAUGGGUUGUUCAGACAUUUUGGUUCAAAUAUUGACUUUGUUAUAAGAUGAUUUCCACAUGUUCACUUGGGCUGUUAGGUUGAUAUAUGAUUGGUACUGCAAACACUGUCCUUAGUAAAUCAUUCAUACGGAAAGUUUUAAAGAAAAUGUUUAGCAGAAAUGGAUGCUAAAACACAAUUGGAACUUUUUACGAGUCACCCUUAAAGAAUACACUGACUGUAAUGUUUGAUAAAUGCAAAACUUUACAUUAUUUACAUCAAAAUGUGUGUUCGCAUAUCAAGUGCUAAUUUAAAAUGGCAAAAAUAGACUUAAAGUUGAAAUAUCUAAAAAAAAAAAACAGUACCUUUACAAUUUUGGCUGAAGCAGAUACAGUAUUUUUGUUAUUUUUUCUUCAACUGUCAGAUGAGCUGAAUCUGUGAUAUACACAGUGGUUUAAAAGGCAAUAUUUAACUGGCAAGUCAUUAAAGUGUGUUAAGUGUUAAAUGUU